AUCACGAUCGUGUAAUGAAAAUUGCGCCUGUAAAUCGGCGAAAUGACUCUAGUUUUGCAUUGAAGACUAAAAAAUUGAUCAAUGUUUCCAGAUACUAUAGUAUUUGGUAGUUCGGUUAGCGGUCAUGAAAAUAGCUCGUAGGGGUCCGUGUCCUGUUUGGUUGUUAUUGUCCAAUGGCCGUUAGUAAUGAAUCAGCGAACAGCGACAAGGCUUCGCCGUCGCUGCUUUUAUACGGCAAACAAUUGUCUCCAGAAUGGAAAGCGAUUUCGACAACGGGUCAAAGGAUAUAUUUUGUCAAUCAGCGCACUCGAUCAUCGCACUGGUUUCCACCACCAGAAUUUUGGACGAGUAAACUUGGCCUUCCCUACGGUUGGGAAGCGGCUCUGGAUGACCACGACAGGAAAUACUAUAUAAAGGUUUGGUUUUGUUGCUGGGAGUGAAAAGCCCGUCGUUAUACGCUCCGUUAUAGCAAAUGGCCCAUCCCACGACAAGCUUUUUGCCAAUGAUCAGAUUCUGAAGGUGAAUGAGAAAGACGUCAGAUCCGCUGCUCAAGCUGAUGUUAUCAGUCUUAUAAAAAGUGCGACUGAUCGCAUUGAAAUCGAAGUGGUGGCGAGUGAAGAUGUACAGGAUACCAAAAACCAGCACAAUCGAAAGUCCUCACUCAUGAGUCGAACUACAAGAGAACGCCGUCGGUCAACUCCAGUCUCCGUACGUUUUGCGGAUGAGCCCGCGUUGGUGCAGGUCAUUGGUCCGAUGGAGCCAAUUCGAAGGUCUUCAGUGCCACUCAUCCCGAAUGUGCUGAAAGUCUUCUUAGAAAAUGGCCAGACACGUUCCUUCCGUUACGACUCCGAUACAACUGUCGAGGAAAUAUUUAGCUCAUUUAGCUCAAAGCUCGAUAUAAAGUCAAUGGAACACUUCAGUUUGAUUCUCAGUGGCCCCAAGAAAGGACAAGUUUCGUACAUACAAAAUUACGAGAAGAUCUCAGAGAUUUAUACUAAUCGCAACUGCAGCAGUGUCAACUGCAUAUGCAAGCUUGUCAUCGCAUUUGUUCCUAAAGAUAACGACGAACUACAGUCAGAAGAUCCAAACACCUUUGAAUAUCUUUAUGCCCAGGUAAGCAACAGAGUUGUAGAGGGUUUCUACGGCUUGGAUCUGAAAUACGACACGGCCAUAAAACUGGCGGCGCUGCAAAUCCAACAGAAAGCAAUGGAAGCUGCCGCAGGAAGACCGAUGAAAAUCUCCGUUCGUCAGGUGGAAAAAGAAUUCGGUGGACUUGAGAAGUUCGUUGCGUCAGAUUUGUUAAACAACAUGAAGGAAAAAGAAUUGCGAAAAACUCUUGAUCAGCAGAUCAAGCAGAACGAGACCCUUGCCUCACCAGGAGAGAGAUAUAUGAGCUCGCUGCAGUGCAAAUUGCAUUAUCUCAACCUCGCGGUUGAAAUGUUUUCCUAUGGCGGGAGAUACUUUGAUGCUAAGCUCCUUGAUAAAGAGAACGGUGGACCCAGUCUAAAAAAGGCCAAAAAGCAACAUAUCACCGUUCUGAUCAACUUGAAGUAUGGAGUAAGUCAAGUCCUCAGAGGAAAAGUAAAUGUGUUGUGUCAGCUGGCUGAACUUCAAGAGAUAACAGGAUUCUCAAUUCGCCGUGAAGAAGACAACAAGCGGUUAUUACAGAUCAAGCUACAAGAGGGAAAGAAAUUACAACUGAUCUGUACCACCUUGGACUGCUUGGAUAUGAUUGCACUAAUCACUGGUUACUACAAGGUGUAUGUCGACAAUACGAGUAACACACCGUUACCAGUAGAGAACGAAGAGACUUGGCCUUUCAGUUUCCGAAAGAGCUCCCCUCGUAAAGAUGCGCCAGACUACUACUCAAGACAUCGAGUUGUCCCUGACGUGUGGUCUUAUCCUUCCCGCUUUCAAAUCUCAAGUGCCAUCAAAAAACCACAACUAGAAAAUUCUAAGCCUUUUACUGAGCACAAAGACGUUUUCAUUGACUUUUCAAGCGCCCCGCCUAGAUAUAAAGUUAAUGAAACUGCCAUUUCAGAAGAAUCCGAACCGGAGGACAUUAUGGUAUCGGAGAGUACAAGUCAGCGACAAAACGGUGAAAUAGACAUUGACCAUGGACAAGAAUCACCCCAGCACGAUUCUAUAAAAACGGAGAGUGUAAAUAGUAGUGAAGAAGAUCUCAUUGAUAUACACGAGGAUGACAGUGCAGGUCUAGUUCUGUUUGAUAAAGAUCACGAACUCUUGGAACCCGCUUCUUCUAUUUUGAAAUGUGCGCCGGAUGAGGAAAGUUUUGGUGCUCUAGUAACUGAUGCAGGUAGCAAAGCCUUUGAAACGGUUUCAAUAGAUCGCAGUGAUAGUUCCGACAAAUUGCAUCAUAGUCAGAUGAAUAACUCUACUCACGAUGAAAGAUUGUUUAUAGACGUUGAAGAGGGACAUGAGGAGAUUUCGUCUGACACUGAGGACGACAAAGCUGACGAAAAUGAGCUAGGUCCUUACCUUGAGUCUAGUGAGCGCAGUCUUUGUCACACAGACAUUAACCAAAACGUUCUUUGUGAUUACUCCUCUACAAAAAUGCCCUCGCUAGCAAACGACAGUAACAUUGCAAGGUCUGCUUUUUCAGAGCCCGACCCUUCUAUUGCUACAGAUCCCCUACGUGACCGAAGGCAAUCACCUUCAAAGGCCUUGGACUUCGACGAAAGUAAGUUCGACAAUACAGGAAUUGAUGUGGUAGAUUUCCAUGACAAAAAGACCUCUCAGGAGUCUGUUGAGCAAGGAUGUGCAUUAUCUUUACGACUGAAUGACUUGGAUAGUUAUGAAAAUGAACGUGGCGACGGUUACGAGAGGGAAGUACAAUCUAUAGAAAGCGUUCAGAGACUUGACGAGCUAGAAUUGAAGACUGGUUUAAGUUUGAAUAGCUACGAAUUCGCAGCUGGUAACGAAGACGAUCUAUUGGAUAGCAUAGACAGUCAUCAUAUCAGUUUGGAUUUUUCUGAGGAAAGCGAGGCAGAAACAGUUUCAACAACGUCAGAUGACGGUGAAUCUCUGUGGUCCUUAUUUCCACAAUACUUUCGGCCGAGUGGACACUUGAUGCACUCGAGUAAUAAUAGUGUGGAUUUCUCUUUGGCUGAAGAAGAUCAGUAUGAAAACGGUGAAAAUUCUGAAACCGAACGAGGAGUAGCACUGCUGAGCGUCAAGGUGCUAAGUGCGAGAGAUGAGAGUUCUCCGAACAUCGGUUCAAGGGAUAAUGAAACUAUCUCUCUCGAUAACUGCGACGAAUUGUCAACAGCCUCUUCUGAGAGUCUCGAAGAAACCUAUGAAGUAAAUGCCGAAAUACACUCCGAAAGCGAAGAAGUUAGUGAGGACAGCGGUUAUGUCAAUUCCAAAGAGAACGGUAAGAGUAGCCGGGGAGAAAUUCAUAACAAAGUUGAGGAAACUUCGUCUUCUUCUCCAAACAUUUCGAGGCAUGCGUGCCGAACGAAUAUCUGCGAGAUUUCUCCUGCCAAUUUUUGCAAUGAUGCAUUGUUGGUUGCUGAGACGAGGUAUACGUUGGAUUGCGACCAAUACACUGAAGAACAAUUUCUUGAGAAUUUCAAGUCCACCGAAAUGUUAAAAGGAAGCGAAGUUCCCAGCCACUUAAGUGAUGCGUUGGUUAAACAUACUAUUGUGGGAAAUGCAGAAAUUCUCUCGAACGAAAGUUUCUCACCUAAGAACUUGGACGAUAGGGGAACUUUUGUAGAUAGGAGCUACUCUCCUUCCGACUGGAUAAUUCCAUCUCCACCCACUCCAACGCCUGAGCUCCAGGAUACUGAUAUCCCCAUUGUUUCACCCCCUCCUCUUUCCACAACGCCAGACGGAGGUCGACUAGAUGAGGAGCUGAUGUGCCUAAUUGUCCCUCUCCCUCCCACUUCGGUCGAUAUUUUGCCGAAUAUUUCGGGAAUCAAGAUUGCGUCUCCCCCACCUUUGGACUUUAGUGACAGUGAGUUGGAGCGUUUGAUGGAUGAUUAUGAUGACGUAAAAUUUCUUUCUCUAACUGAUGACCACAAACUCGCCAAGACCAACGGUUUGGUGUCAAUUGAAAACUACGAUACUAAUUUCACUGAGGACAAGAAGCUUCAGGUAAAAAAGGUCGCAGCUGAUCUUCCAAUGACUCAGAAAGAAUCACCCGCCCUUUUGAGCAGAAAGGAAAGUAUUCAUAGUCCGGCAGAAAACCUUUCCAAAUCAAAUCAAUCUCGCGCCAAGAACUUUCCUUCAACUUUCACGUCUCAUAUAUUCGAGUCACAUGUUUCACCUGAUCCGCCCUCUGCCUGUGUUCCGUCGACCUUCUUUGAUUUGAAUACCGGAUUAAAAUGUGAUAAAGAUAGUCAAAAGCAGGACGAUGUUCUCGACAAGGGCAUCGUGAAAGGUUCGGGAAAUCUUGACAUUUCCAUGAGAAACGAUAAAAGCAUAAAAACGGAACUUGGGGCGAGCCCCGCUUCCGAUCAAAGUACUCAGAAAAUUAUCGAGCAAUGCAGAAGAUUUCCCUCAAAGCAAAAGCCUCCGGUUCCUCCUAAACCUCGAAUCUUCCGGUCCUGGUCAGUUUCGGGUGAAAAAACAGUCAGUUUACCCAAAAAUCCAACUGACGGGAAAGCUACGUGUAAGUUAUCAACCACUGGCGCUCGGUAUCCAGGAAAUGGACGUUUGGGAUCCAUAGCCAAUUUAUCUCCAGUUAAGAGUUCUAACAUGCCAGAGGUAACGUCUACGAAAAACAUUGAUCAUUCUUUACGCCAAGUGCUUCUGAGUUGUAACCAAACAAUCAUGGUGCAUUCGCAACAGAAAUCUUCUCCUCCAACAUCAAUCGGUCAAAAAGACGAUCCAAGCAGGACUGAGAUCAACCUCCGACGUGAAAAGCUUAUUUCGAAGAAGAGUUUGUCAUUUACUUUCACAUCGCCAUAUGUGCCUGCACCGUACUCAACGUCACGGAUGCAAAAUUUAACUUUGACAACGUCUCCAGCGGAGAGGCUGCAUGGACUGACACGUUGCAAAGACAACAACAACUUUUGUGCGGGAAAUUCUUCUGGAGCAUCAGAAAGAAACUGUGUAAAUGCAGUACACUUUCAGGGGCCGAUUGUGAAGCCAGCAUCGCCUCUACACAAAUCUUGUAGAAAUUCAAGACACCCUAGCAGAAAUCUAUCUGGAGAUGACCCAGAAAGCACAUUCGUAAAGCAAAGAAACGAAAGCUCAGACCAGCACCAAGCAGACCCUGAGCAUCAUGAAGAAAAGUGCAACAGUACGUUCAGCCCAUCUCCUCUCCCUGAUAGUCCCCCACCACCAUUACCGAAGUCUUCUCCCCCUGCCACAAUUCCCUCGUUCGAUCUCGAAGAUUUUGACAAUGACGAACCCUUAAUCGAGACAUUUUGCGAUGACGCUCUGAACUAUAGCGUUGAAUCAAACACCAGUCCGGAUCUUACAUCUCUCAAUAAAGACUUGAAAUUUAAGCUCUCUUCCGACUCAGUAGAAAAAUCAAGGUCAGGCUACUUUGAGCGACGAGAUGGUGAAAGUGCGUUAUCUGCAUCGUUAACUUCAUCUUCACUUUGUCGAGAACGACGUUCCCUGAGUGAAGAUUGGUCUGCUCACAGUAAUUCUUUCUUUUUAAACGGUCGAACGAAACGACGCAGCGUUGCUUUCGAGGAGAGUUCUCAAUUGGAUGACGAUGUGGCCAAAGAUUCCUCUCACAAAUUGGAAGAAUUUCAAAUAAAAGCUUUUCGAGCGAAGAGUUACCAUGUUUGCGAGGAAGGCCUCUCGAAGGUGAACUUUUUAAUGAAUAGGUUGGAGUUGUGUUUGAAAAAAACUGCAUUGAAUGCACAAACGAACGGCGAAAACAGAACCUGGCUGUUGAACUUUCAAAAUAAUGCGAGAUUCUUAGCAUGCGAUGUCAAGGUUAUUUCAUCGAGUAUCAAACGUGGAAGCCCUCAAGUAGUGUCAGCCGUUAAAACAUCUUUAGAUUCUCUUGAAAAGGUGGUUGAGUCAUGUGAGAAUACUUACUCGAUUCUAAACGAUACAUGCGAUCAGAAUGGCCGCCAUAUCAUUGCCAUGGUCAAAGAAGUGGUGGAACAAUAUCGUGACAUUUUGUGCACUGUCAAAGCUACCUCAUUUCAACAACCCGAUAACCCGGAUGUAGAAGUUCUGGUCAUAAAGACCAAUGCCCUUACAACAUUGAUUGAUUCAGUGAUUCGAGCUCUGAGAAGGCAUUAGUUCCAGGUUAAUCAGUUUUUUAGGGCAUCAAACAUAAUAAGGAGAAAUUCCUUCUUUUACAUAAUAAUUUUUAUGAAAUGGAUUCGCCGUAAUUGUAUGAUUAGUGGUGAUAAAACGAUUCCAGUUUCGAUGUGCAUGGCGAUACUCUGUUACCAGACAACGCCAUCGGUUGAUAAGCAUGAUAAUGCCGUUAUACCAAGAAACGUUA